AUUAACACCAGAGAGAGACCAGACUCUCACUCUGACAGCGGGAAGAGCCCUUCAGCGGAACCAGACCCAGAGACGCCCAAACCAGCGAGACAACACCACUGCUUCCAAUGUGAAAAGAGAUUUUCCCGAUCAGGGGACCUCAAAGCUCAUGAGAGGACGCACACAGGAGAAAAGCCUUUCCAAUGUUCCCAGUGUGGAAAGAGUUUUACCAUGUUAAAUAACCUGAAAAGGCAUGAGAGAAUACACACAGGAGAAAAGCCAUUCCAAUGUUCCCAUUGUGGAAAGAGUUUUACUCAGUUAGGGAGCCUGAAGGAGCAUGAGUGGACACACACAGGAGAAAAGCCUUUCCAAUGUUCCCAGUGUGGAAAGAGUUUUAUCGUGUUAACUAACCUGAAAAGGCAUGAGCGAAUACACACAGGAGAAAAGCCAUUCCAAUGUUCCCAUUGUGGAAACGGUUUUACUCAGAGAGGGCAUCUAAAAGAGCAUGAGAGAAUACACACAGGAGAAAAGCCUUUCCACUGCUCCCAGUGUAAAAAGAGAUUUUCCCGAGUAGGGGACCUAAAAGCUCAUGUGAGGACACACACAGGAGAAAAGCCUUUCCAAUGUUCCCAGUGUAGAAAGAGUUUUACCGUGUUAGCUAACCUGAAAAGGCAUGAGAGAAUACACACAGGAGAAAAGCCUUACCACUGCUCCCAGUGUGGAAAGAGUUUUACCUGGUUAAGGAGCCUGAAGGAGCAUAAGAGAACACACACGAAAAAAGCCCUACCACUGCUCUCUCUCUGUGUGGAAGGACAUUUUCCCAGUCAAAGAACCUGAAAUCACAUGAGAGAAUAGAGAGGUUGUGUUCUGACUUAUGUUUUUAAUUGACAAUUUGUGUUUUUGUUUAUGCCACAUGAAAUCAUUUUGUUUAUAUGAAUUCUUACUCAGAAAUAGGCAUAUUUUUGUUUUUUCACCUCGAGGCCUGAUCAUAUCUAAAGUCAGAUUAAAUACUAUAAAAUGUGUAUUUUGUUUUGGUUAUGAACUUUAAUGCAUUGGUUACAGGUAUAAACCCUCAGUUGUUCAUUAUAUUAUUUGGAUAUUGCUAAAUGUAAAUUAUUAUAUAGAUGAAUGGAACUUUGCAUUUCUUGAUUCUAACCUUGAAACCUAUAGACUUUGAUUUGAUAUAUAAGAUUAGGCUUUUGCUAAAUUAAUUUGAUUGAAAUUGAUUGGAUAUAUGAUUUGGAUAUUGCAAAAUGAAUUUGAUUACAUGAUUUGGAUAUUGCAAAAUGUAAAUGAUGAACUAGAUUCAUAGCAUGUGCAUUUCUUGAUUCUAACAUUGAAACCUUUUGAAUUUACUUGUUUCAUUUAGUUAAUUUGUGUACUAGUCCUCAAGCUAAAGGAAUAUGAAAAUGUGAUGACGUUGUUCUGAUAACAUUGAUAAGUUGUUGACAUGAAAAACAUUCACUACCUCAUGACUGUUCCCAUCAGUAUUAUUCCACCAUGUCAGAGAGAACUGGUGCUGAUUGUAAAAAGGAUUUUAUUAAUGCAGCGUAAUUUUAUCUGAAUAGAAAUAAAAUCACAUGAGAGAAUA